GCCUCACUCGCCCUGGAACAAUGGGAGACAUGGCAGCCUCUGCAGACAGCACAGGCACACACACACAAUACACAUGACCAAGGACAGGCCUUUUCUAGCUGUAGCAUAGAGGAAACCGGCUUCCUUGCCACACUCUCAGGGUGACGGCACUUUCAACAGGGGGGAAAAUAAUCUCCUCCGCAGCCGGAAAACAGAAAUGUAAGGUUGUGGCCUCUUUUUUUUUUCUUUUCUCCUUUUUCUCUGGUGCCUUACAUUUCAUUCUGCUGAGAGGAGACCUCAGAUGUGCUGACUGGAUGACUGAAAAGGCAGCAGUGCGAAGCUCCGUGGUCGUGUUGUUGGGAGACAGAGGUGCCUGACGGGAGACGGACUCCUCUUCAAGGAUCUUUAUGAUAGCUGAACCUGCAGAUGAGAACAAUGUCUGAUGAGACAGAGCAGAGAAUGUGUGACGAGGACUUCGGUUCGGACGAGGAAGGCGAGGAGGGAGACGUGGAGUCUUACCUGGAGGACAACAGCAGCGAGCUCAUGGACCGGCUGAGAGAGCUGGAGGCCGAGAAUUCUGCUCUGAUGUUGGCAAAUGAGAGUCAGAGAGAGGCUUACGAGAGAUGCUUGGAUGAGGUGGCCAACCACGUGGUCCAGGCUCUGCUAAAUCAGAAGGAUCUGAGAGAGGAGUGCAUCAAGCUCAAGAUGUUGGUGUUUGACCUGGAGAGACAGAACCGAGCACUUUGUGAGCUCUUUCAGCAGAAACUCCCCAACCACCCCACAGCUCACUACCAGGUCCAGGCGGGACCCCUCCCAGACUACAAUGCACAGCUGCACAAUGAUUCGGCCAAACAGGUGGAGCCUGCACAGACUGAAGCACAAGCCAAGGGAAAUGGCUACCGCACACAACAUGCCUCGCCAGGGCCUCGAGGCCCCGCUGCCUCCAUGGAGGCCCUGUCCCCCUUCUUCAAGAAGAAAGCACACAUCCUGGAGGUCCUGCGCAAGAUGGAGGAGACGGACCCCCUGAAGUUCCAUCCGUCCACUACAAGCCUGUCUUUCUGUGACUACAGCCAGGUGCUCAUGUCCACAGAGGCUGUGUUGGCCACUGCAGACCCGCUCCCACUGCAGUGCAAAUCCCACCACACACAUUGCCACUGCUCCUGCGCUGACACUGACACACACCAGCAUGUUAACGGGGAUGGGACAGUGAAGUGUGAAGGAGGGAACACCUGCUGUUUACACUGCAAGAGGAGCCCGGACAGUCCUCCAAAGCCAUGCAACCACCUCAGUAGUCCUUCAAAAGCCAACUCCGUCACCCAGACCCACGUAGGUCCUGCAGCUGCUAUGAGUGAAUGUCACAGUAAGGCCAGAACAGCAGAACAGUCUGUAGCCCCAUCUAAACAAUGCACCAAGAAUGAAGCCCACCAGCAACCGGCAGGCGCCACCGCCCACUCAUCUGCCACAGAAAUGGUCAAUCAGAGCCUGGAGGUGAUGGCAGUAGAGCAGGAUAACUCUGAGAGCUCUCUAAACGCUAGUGCCUCUGAAGAGCUCACUGGUUUCUGUGCCACCUCCCAUCUGACCAGUUCUGUGAAGGAGACCGCACAGAUCUCCCACUGUGACACAAGUGAUGGCGUCCACAAUGGCUUGGCACUGUCUUCCGUUAACAACACCGUGUUAAGCGACCCCUCAUCCGUCCCCGAGAAAGACGGCCAAGAUCUGGAGGCUUCCUCUGUAAGAGCCAGUGCCUCCGUCAGCCCGAGCCCCUCCUGCCUCAGCGACGUCAAAGCCGCCGCCAUCAACUCUCCGUCCAAACUGCUAAAGUUUCUGAAGAUUCCCUCAAUUGGAGAGAAGUCUCAAGCCUCGACCCCUGCUGUCCGUCUGAGCCCGCAGCUCACCCGCAACUCCAGGAUCCCCUGUCGCACCAACAAUUACGAGGUGUACCACUCUCCUGUUCCCACUCGAAGAGCCACCACCACAGAGAGGUGCAGGCAGCCCCCUCCCCCACCCUCCAGGUCCGAGUCCUACCCCGCCACACACUCGGCUCCAACCUCCCCUCCGCAGCCUGAAGACGCCUGCUCUCCACCCGCCAAGGAAAUAAGCUACAGCAGCCUCUCUGCACCUAAAACCAGUGUUGGUUCCAAGAUGGGGGCUCCCACCUCCACAUCGUCCUCCUCACCCAAAGUCUCUCAGAGGAUCCCUCAUUAUGAAAAUGUCUGUGACAUGUCCACCAACUCUCAAGAGGAGGAACAAGUCCAGGGUCUCGAGAAAAGAACCACUCUUCCAUUGCAAAUGAAGGCGAACAGUGGUGAGAGGAAGCUUGUUAAAUCACUACCAGAAAGCGUCCUGAAUCCCCCUCCUCAGCGGAAACAGUCGUCCUCGUCAACUUCUGAGUCUACGUCAGACGAUGAAGAGGACUCGGACAGCCCAGUGUGGGUUAAUCAUCACAGCCUGCCCAACUCAUCGGCCCUCAACAAAGUCCAGAACAGACCUAACUACGUACGAACCAGAGAGAAACCGGAGGCGGACAUUAGGGAGGUUGCCGCGCAGCAGAGUACUGAGGCCACUCAGCCUUUGCCUCCGCCUCCACCCCCAACUAGGAGGAGCGACUCCUCUUCCAUUCCGAAGAGACCUACAGCAGCAAGAUCCCAGGCAGACUCCAGUCACCACGCUUUCAAAGACAGACUGGCUGCACUGGGCAAGCUGAGGAGCUCUGAGGAUUUACAGGUUGGCCUUAGGCCCAUCGACACAGUGAAUGAGGGCACCUACGGAGAAGAAAGAAGCAAGACAGCAGAAAGGCCCAUGGAGGUCCACAAAGAGGAGCAAAGGCAUUCAAAAUACACAGACUCUUUGGAUAGUAAACCUAAAAGUAUCAGUGCUGGACUGAAGUAUCCAGGGUCGUCUCAGAUGUAUGAACAGGCAGUAAAAUCUUCUGUGGUUAAACAAGAACUAUGUGUGCCCAAGCCAGAGGGCUCCAGGAGUAAAAUAGGUCUCCCGUCUCCCAAUGCAGAUGCUCCGCAGGUACUACGCAACAACAUUAAGUGUCCUGGCUCCCUGAAUCUGGCAUACAACGUUAAAGCCGGUGUUAGUCCUCACAGUAGCAGCAGCCCCAACAAAAUCCCUCCGAAGUCGCCGUCCAGACCUUGCCAGGGCCCAUCUGUCCACAGAGGGGGGAAGCCCCCAGAGGCUCCACGUUACUCGUCCAAAUCAGAAGAGAGGACCAAGAUCAGCGGGAAAGGGAAAAAGAACCCGAUGUAUGGAGACAGCCUCCCACCACCUCCUCCAAGGCCUCCGAUGACUGAGGGGGAGAAGCCACUACAGCCGGUCCCCAGCCCACAGUCUGCCAUCGAGCAGAAGGUGAUGAAAGGAAUCGAGGAAAACAUGCUGAAACUUCAGGAGCAGGACAGAGGAGGGCAGGGCACCGAGGUCAAACAGAAGGCCUCCAACGGCAUCGCAAGCUGGUUUGGCCUGAAGAAGAGUAAGCUUCCCGCGCUGAGCCGCAAGACCGACGGCACCAAAGCAAAGGACGAGAAGAAGGAGUGGAAGAUAAAUAUCCCCUCGGUGGGCAGGGACUCCGUGAAAAUGGCCACCAGGUGUAAGGAAGGCGUGGAGGGUCUGAACAUCUCGACUCUGAUGGAGAAGGCCGAGGGGCUGAGGAGGGCCCUGGAGGAGGAGAGGGCCUACGUGGAGAGGUCAGGCCGGGGUCACUCCUGUGAGGUGGUGAUGGACCAAGCUCAGGGACAGCUGGCCGUCAUGUACAGGGGAGGGCGCUCUGACAACUUCAUGCAACAGCUGCUGAACAGAGUGGAUGGGAAGGACAUGAUCAGCGUCCCACAGAGACGUCUGUCUUUUGACUGCAAGACGUCCAAGCCGGUUUUCACUCAGCAGAGCGACGUCAUCAGUCACACCACCAGUCAUGACGAUAUGGAGAAGGGAUCAGAAAGAAGCGGCAAGAUCACAUCAGAUGAAAACCUUGCUGAUUCAGUUCACUCUCAGCACUUUGCAGGCUCUGGUGCUUCCACUUACACCCUGGACAGUGGCAUCGGUACCUUCCCCCUGCCCGACUGCAGCAGCGGUGCCGCUGGGCGGGGUCUGUCCAAGGCGAGGGCCGGGGCCGAGCACCACUCCGCCGGUUCCCCGGGGAGGGCCGGCCGACGUGCCCGCACCCUGGACAGGGAGCCGACGUCACAGGAGGAGUGCUACGUGCCACACAAGCAGCUGAUUCCCACCAUCCAGUACGGAUCCGUGCUGGAGGGGCGAAGCACGGCUGGCGUCAUCCGCGAAGAUAAAGAAGCCCACGGAGCAAACAUGUUUUCUCCUCGAUCCAAGACUUGGACAUUCCCCAACCUGAAGACUCCAGCGGGACCUGCAGAGGUUUACCUGGCGGUGGAGGAGGAAGAGGAGGAGGCGGUGUCCUUUGGAUCACCGUACAGAGGGAGCAUGAAGGCCGGCGGCCCCUCCUCCAGCCGGGUGGUUGACCCGGGCAGCCUGCCCGUCCCCACCCAGUCGGGGAUGAGCCGCAGGGGAAAGACGCGCACCCCCAGCGUCCCUGAAAUGAGCCGGGAGGCUGGGCUGGAGCUGCUCAGAGAGCGGCCGGAGGAAGCACUCUCCCCGAGCCGCCCUCAGGUUCUGGAGACCCCCGAGUCCCUGAGCGAUUCUCUGUACGACAGUCUGUCGUCCUGCGGCAGCCAAGGAUGAUGCAGCCAGGGACUGGGGGGGGAGAGGGACACAAGUACUCAUCACGUCUCCUGGUCGCUGGCUGUUCUGUGAUGCCGCUGACCCGCCACCACCACCACCUUUGAGGAAAAGAAACUGUGGACGCUGCAAAGAAUAAUCUGGUGACGUCUCAUCAGCUGCUGCAACUGGAAAGAUGGAUUGAUCUCCUCAGGAUUUCCAAUAAACAUGAAGCCAAAAGCCCAAAUAAUAUAUUCACUUUUUCACAAUCAGACUGAACUGUGGACACUUGUCUUUAAUUCAUGUAUACAGGACUACAAAACGCAUGGCCAAGCUAACGAUCAGCACAAGAAGCUGUCACUUCCUGGUGGCUGUUCAGAGACCUGUCCUUUGUUUCCGUCAUCCUGCUCGAAGGAUGUUUGUUCAUCAAGGAAGCGGCGAUCAGCUCGAUAGACGACGUACUGUAUUGAUAAACCCAUUCUGUUCUCGACAUCAUUUCAUCACAUAAUGUAUUUAAAAAAAAAAUGACAACAAAAAACAACAAAAAAUGUUGAGCGCCUACAAAAAAAUAAUAAAAAAUUGAAUGUUCAUGUCUGUGAUUCUUAAUCGCUAAACUCAUGCAUCACAAUUUUAAAUGUACAAACGAUUUUAUUGAUCAUGUUGAUAUUGAUAUUGAUUUUUGCGGCCGAGGAAGGUUAUGUCUUGUUUUUAAAUCAUAAUACAUUUAAAGGUAAUAUAUACCAGCAAUAAUGACAUAGAUAAGAGAAAUGGCUACGCUAUUCAAUGAAUAUGUAUUUCUAUUAUUUAUUUAUUUUAAAUGUACAUCUUUAACAGUCAUCUUUUUUUUGUAAUGUUUCUGUGAAUACUGCCGCCCUCCUCGCUUAGUAGAUUAAGUUCAUAUCUUGUGUUUCAACAUCUCUAUUGCCGUUUGUUCCCUAGCAAAUAGAGGUCCUAUGUACCGACUGCCGUUUUUCAACUUUCUAAUUAAAAUGUUUUGAUUUA